AUGGACCGUAGACCUUGCUGGGAAGCUCUGGUCAUAUUUCUAAACGGGUCUGGUCGGCGUAAUGGGCUCUGGUUGGAUCUGGGCCGAUCCAAUAAGGGGGUGACAGGCCCAUUAUUAACAGUUGUCUCCCCAAGACCGCGAGUGGGACGCGUGCGCCCUAGCUCGGCGGUCAUAGGCGCCUCUUCGGAUUCCCGCUCAUGCACUGGUUGUCCGUUUCGGCGGAGGUUGUUCUUCUCACGCGUAAUCAUUGCGUCGUUUAAUCUUCCAAACUCCUUCUAUAAAAACCCGUCCCCCUCUUCUCAUUUCUUCACUUUCCUCUCGCAGCCUCUCAAGCAUCUCUCUGUACUCUUCCAUCUUCUUCCGAGCAUUUCUCCGAGCUUCUUCCGAUCUCGUGGGUUCGUGGGUCCCGUCAAGUUCCGAUUUGCUUCAAGCUCCUCUUUGUCUUCUCGGUCGGAGGACCAUGGUGGUGACGAAUCUCCGGAUAAUUCCGUGAACUCAGAUUUUGUCACUCCGGAAUCUUCUCCUGAUCGGGGGACUCUGUCAGAGACUCCCGAAAUUAACCGUCGAUGUAAUCGUCUGAGCUCUCCCAGUUCCCGUCGAUCGAGAAAAGCGAAAUCCGACCAAGCCCUUAAACGUCGCAAGGUCGUGCCGUCGGGGCCGUCUUCGUCUUGGCGAAUAUUAACUCCCGUCGAGGUGAACAACCGUAUUUUCGCGGACAACGGCGACGCUCUGAUCAAUUGA